AUGUUGGAAAAGCCUCUGUGUACUAAAUUUGGUUCCAAAUCUCACCCCGAGUGUGUGAAGUUUUCUCCUGAUGGUCAAUACCUGGUGACGGGAAGUGUUGACGGCUUUAUUGAGGUGUGGAACUUUACGACAGGAAAGAUCAGAAAGGAUUUAAAAUAUCAAGCUCAGGAUAAUUUCAUGAUGAUGGACGACUCAGUUUUAUGUUUGGCUUUUAGUCGUGACAGUGAAAUGUUAGCUUCUGGAGGGCAAGACGGAAAGCUAAAGGUGUGGAAGUUACAAACUGGCCAGUGCUUGCGGCGUUUUGAAAAGGCACAUGCCAAAGGUGUGACCUGUGUAACAUUCUCUCGUGACGCCAGCCAGCUUCUGAGUGGUUCAUUUGACAUGACCAUAAGAAUGCAUGGCCUUAAGUCUGGGAAGACUUUGAAGGAAUUCCGUGGACAUACAUCGUUUGUAAAUGAUGCCAUAUUCACCACAGAUGCACACAACAUCAUCAGUGCGAGUAGUGACGGAACAGUUAAGCUUUGGAAUAUAAAAACGACGGAGUGUCUUCACACGUUUAAGCCAUCAGUAGGAAGCGUUGCGACUGACAUCACGGUGAACUCAGUUCACGUGAUGCCGAGGAAUCCUGAACAGUUUGUGGUGUGCAACAGAACAAGCACUGUACUCGUCAUGAACAUGCAGGGACAGAUUGUGCGCAGCUUCACCAGUGGUAAAAGAGACGGUGGUGACUUUGUGUGUUGUACCCUCUCCCCGAGGGGAGAAUGGGUUUACUGUGUAGGAGAGGACAUGGUCAUGUACUGUUUUAGUACCAUGACAGGAAAACUAGAACAGUCUUUGCAGGUUCAUGACAAGGAUGUGAUAGGCGUCGAACAUCACCCACACAACAAUCUCAUCUCUACGUACAGUGAAGAUGGACAGCUUAAACUCUGGCAGCCAUGAGUAACCUUCACCACAAGCUUUGUGAUCAGUCUGCCUACCUUGAAAGACGCUUAACGGAAAUGCGCCACCUGCUGCGCAAUCAGGAGGAUAGAACACAGUAAAGACAAGUCCGAGUUAUUUUACGUGAUGCGAGGAGUCGAGCUUGUUUCUUAGGUUUUGUAAAUAAAUGGCGUGCAAUUUGUAUUGUAACGCAAAAGCGAAGUUAAUUUUCCAUCACUUUCGGCACAUGGUUAACAGUUUCUUAUCCAUAACAUGUAUGCCCAGAAUCUAUAAACUUGGCUUUUGUGUGUAGAAUUGGCAUUUCGUACGGUAUUUUAAAAACGGACCCACAGAACUCUCGACGCUCUCUGCUACAGACGUUUGACUGUGAACUAUCGGUUCAGUUUUUAUCCCACGCUUUCAAGGAUGUAGAAUGUUGGAAAAGCCUCUGUGUACUAAAGUAGGCAUUGAAGUUUUCUACAAGUCAGUAGCGUAUGUGUUGCUGUAGGUCGAGGAAAAAGGAAUAGAAAAGACUUAAGCGUCUUUGUAUAGAAAAGAAAGGUUCAUCGCAGUUAGUUGUUAAGUUACUGUAAUUUGAAACUUUUGUAUUAUAACAACCCAUAAGUUCCCCCAUUCUUUUUCAGCUUUGCAUUUCUACCCUUGAUUCACAUAACCACACUCGGUAUUUUCAACACAGUAUUUCUCUUUACGAACCCUCAUCUGUUUAUCCAAAAUGGUUGGUGUGUGGCAGUGUGUGCCGAAUCUUUCCGCUUCCAGCAACAGUACUAAAACAGUACCCCCUUGUUUUACAAUCUGAGCCAGGUUGUGUCUUACGUUUUCUUGUUUUGUAGUUUGCUUGCAAGAAAACUUAAUAAUCUUUUUAAGUAAUAAAUUAGCACUAAUAACUCGAGUGUGGCUCAAAUUAAAUCUAUCAAAUUCGUUUUUACGAAGUUCUUUUAGAUUCAUUCAGUGUUUUAAUAAGUUGUUAUUUGACAGUUUUCACUUGGCGUGAGGUUUUAAGAUGUUACAGAAUGAACUUAUGAAAAUGGAGAUGUAGAAAUUGGCGAGGCAAAGAAAACCUUUGGAGACAGACAAGUGCCUUUAAGUGCCUUCGCUUCCCCCCCCCCCCCUUUCCCCCCACGACUGCCAACAACAAUAACCGAAACACAGUAAAUGAUGCUAUACGUUAAUUUAUUACAAAUACUUAUUCAACAUACAAGAACCGCUCAAUCUUGCUAGCUAGUUUAUAGUGAGUUCUGUACUGGGAUGGACUGACCAUUACUCAGUUCUGUAAGUUCAUUAAGUGACUAGGUUAAAAAAAAAAAAAAAA